GAAUAAUUUAGAGUUCAGGAUGAUGUCUACUUCAAAGUUGGUGAAUAAACAAUUUAACUCUCCAAUUAAUUUGUAUUCGCCACAAUCCAUUCAAGAGACACUGGAUCGCCGAACAGAAGUUUUAUCUAAUGGCGCUAUCGGAAUUGAUUUCCAUCAAUUGGCCAAGCCUACGAAUUUACAAAAUAGCGCUGUUUUAAGAAUGCUUGAGGAAGAAGAAAGAAUAAAGGCAGAAAAAGCUGGUUUGAAGAGAGUUGCGUGGCCACCUCCUCCAGAAGGAGAAGACUACUUUAAUUGUAUUGAACAGGAUCCUAUACAAGCAAAGGAUAAAAUCGGAAUAUCGAAAAUAGAAUACAGUUAUAGAGUGCCAAGUGGGCAGGUAAGACGAUUGCAUUUGCCGACGAAAAAUUGGACACCGGUGGUAGCUCUCGUGCCGCCGUCCUCAUUGCAAACUAAUACGAUAUCGGCACCACUCAUCACCUGGACAAACGCGGCCACGAGAAAAAUUCAUGCCUUGUAUGAGUACGAUGAGACCCGAUUUCAGAGUCAGCAGAAUUCACAAAGCCAUAUUCUUGGUAGCUGGAGUGAUAAGCCUCAACAAACCUUAUCUAUUAGACAGAGGAGUCUUAAAUUUUAUGUGCAGGAACAAUAUUCACAAGAUUAUUAUCAACAACAUAACACAAGAACACAUUUUGAACCACCGCCAACAGUUAUAACAUUAAGACCAGAGCCUCCAAUUUCACAGACGCCGUCACCCGUUUAUCAAGCGCAACCUGCUGCUAUAAAUCCUAAUAGCAGCAGCAGCAGCAGCAGCAGCAGCAGCAGCAUGCGCGGCGACCUGAAGUGGCCACCAGCCCCGGUAAAGGAGCAGGCAGAAGCCGAGAAUCGAGCUCGAAUUGAGCUUGCCAAAGGACCGGUUUGUCGUCCGCGGCGCGUCAACAAGGACUACAGUGGUUUUUUUGCUCAGCAUUCCAGCACCAAGAAUUACCCAGUGUACCGGGCCCCUCCCGGCACGCAGUACUUUACUCCAGCAUACCAACAAUGACAGAAUCAGCAGUGCGAGACAACUACGAACCAUAAUGACGUUCUUCAGCUCCAUGGAUAU